AGUGCUCCCUUCCACGCGUGACGUCACGGUCUCUGUCGUCAUUAGGCCGCGCCGUGAGCACAAUGAGGAGAAAAGCGAAAGGAGGUUUGCAUUCUCGUAACAGCCGAUGAUCGUCUCUUCUCGCAGCUGGAGGACGUGGUGUCUGCUGCAUCCACCAAACUCACUCACAUGAGCAGGCUCCACACGGUGGAAGAUUUACAGGCUGCAGCUGUUGUGGCCACAGAGUGAUAGGAGAUGAAGAAAGCCAAGCUGGCUGGACUCCUCCUCUUCAUCACCUUCCUGCUGCUCUACCUGAUGCUUGUGAAGCAUCGCUAUAAUGCCUUAAAGCCUGACGCAUACAAACCACCUCCUCACAGAAAGUAUGACAAGUCCACAGGCAGGCCUGCUGCUGGACUAACACACCAGUACGCCAUCAUGUUUGAUGCUGGGAGCACUGGCACCAGAAUCCAUGUCUUUAAGUUCUGGAUGGGAAACAAAGAAGCUCCUGAACUUGCCCACGAGACCUUCAGAUCCAUCAAACCCGGCCUAUCUGCGUAUGCAGAUGAGCCGGAGAAGUGCACAUCAGGGCUCAUGGAGCUGUUAGAGGCAGCAAAGUCCAGCAUCCCUGCCUCAGUAUGGAGCAUCACUCCUGUGGUCCUGAAGGCCACAGCCGGCCUUCGUCUGCUGCCUGGAGAGAAGGCCACACACCUGCUGGACAGGGUGAGGAGGGUGUUUACAGAGUCUCCAUUUCUGUCCAGAGGUGACAGUGUGUCCAUCAUGGACGGCACCGAUGAAGGAAUCUCUGCGUGGAUCACUGUCAACUUCCUCACCGGUGGUCUUCACGGUGCUCGCUCACCCACCGUGGGGAUGUUGGAUUUGGGCGGUGGGUCAACUCAGAUCACCUUCAGCCUCCAGGACAAGAAAAGCAUCCAGACGUCUCCCAUCGACUACAUCAGGUCCUUCCAGAUGUUCAGUAACACACACACAGUAUACGCUCACAGUUACUUGGGUUUGGGUCUGAUGUCGGCUCGACUCGCUGUCUUAGGAGGUGUUGACGCUUCACCGCUAGGCGGCAGCACUGAGCUGGUCAGCCCCUGCCUUGCUCCAGAGUACUCGGGCAGCUGGACACACGCUGAUGUCAUGUACAGGGUGAAGGGACAGAAGGCAGGGGAGCCGCUUUAUGAGGCUUGUGUCACCAAGGUGGAGAAGGUUCUGUACAGGAAGGUGGUGAAGGUGUCCGAGGCAGCAGACAUGGACUUCUACGCCUUCUCCUACUACUACGACCGAGCUGUCGACCUCGGUGUCAUCGAGGACAACAAAGGAGGAACCGUUCAAGUGUCUGAUUAUAGUGCUGCAGCUAAAAGAGUGUGCAGCAGCCUGUCUGUCAGUCGUCCUCAGAGUCCGUUCCUCUGUCUGGACCUGGUUUACAUCUCGGUCCUGCUGCAGGAACUCGGGUUCCCUCCUCAGAAACAACUCAAGUUGGCAAGGACCAUUAACCAGGUGGAGACCAGUUGGGCUCUGGGAGCAAUGUUCCAUUACAUGGAGUCCUUGAGAAGACACUGAAGUGAAACCACAAUUCUAUGGUACCGAACCUGAUCAGCUAGGAUCCAGCCUGUGCACACAUGACCUCUACACAGCAAUCUACCCCUGGGCACCCAGACCUGUUUGAGGGAGGCGCCUUCGACCUCACACAAACACUCAGCAGCUCCUUGGUUCACGAGCUUCAGUCUUCUAUACUUCAAUCAGAUUCAUUGUAUACAUCGAUUAACCAAAGUUGUAAAUGUUUACUGAUCCCAACGCCCCUUUAGAUCUGACUCGUUAAUUUCAGCAGCUUUACUUGUGAUUUUAAAAGAUAAUGAAUGUGUGCAAGAGAAAACUGGUUCCGUUUUUGUACCUGCAUCAAAUUGGACUUGCUGCAUUUCCUGACUAAAGGAAUGUGUGGAAACCUGUGGCUACUCUUUAUUUCCAUGUAACCCAAACUGCCUUCCUGUUCACCCCUGGCCCAGUUGAACCAGUCAGAGGCCACUUUGACAGCUGUUGUUUCUACUGACAGUUCCUGUUUGUGCUGUUAGUGUUUUUUUAAGUGAUUGAGACUGCAGCUGAAUAAAGGUUGGUUUAAAACCUG